AUGGAAAAACAUACUGAAAAAGCACCUCUUCAAUGUGGUAUGUGUUUCAAGCGACUCACUCGCAUUGAUAACUUAAGAGUUCAUGAAGCGAUUCAUCUUCGAAAUUUUACUUGUGCGAUAUGUUUACAAGUUUUCCAGAAAGCACUUGAUUUAAAUAUACCCCUGAAAGCUCAUGAAAAGAGCUACAAAUCUAGUAAAUGUCCAAAGAAAUUUAGUGAACUUGAUCAUUUGGAACGUCAUGAAGCUUCCCAUCGUAAAAGAUGUACUGAAUGUUCGGAACAUUUUACAAGUCAGAUGGAUUUAAGAAGACAUAUGAAAAUUCAUAAUGAUACUUUUAAAUGUAAAUAUUGCUCAAAGGCAUUUGGUGAACUUAAUAAUUUAAAACAGCAUGAAGUUUCCCAUCUUAAAUUUGUAUUGAAUGUUCGGGAGUUUUUACUAACCAAAGGGAAGAAAAACGAAGAAUUGUAUGUACGGGUGCUGAAAUCACAAGUCUAA